AUGCGAGCAUUGGUCCUCGUCCUCUUCGCCGUCGCGACGAUCGCCUCUGCGGGCCUUCUGUAUGACGGCGGCGAUGAUUACGGCGGAGGUGGUGGCGGCGGUUUCGGUGGCGGGGGCGGAUUCGGUGGCGGUGGUGGUGGUAGUGGAGGUGACAUCGGCGUAGCUUCCGUCUCGUACGUCAAGACGCCCGUUGUGAGCGUAAAGUACGUCGCCAAGCCUGUGGUCAGUUACGUGGCCAAGCCGGUGGCCACCGUGUCGCAUUCCCUGAAGCCCGUGGUGACGUAUACGACGAUCUCGAGCGGCGGCGGAGGCUUCGGAGGCGGCGGCGGUGGUGGCGGGUACGGCGGAGGCGGAUACGGCGGUGGCGGAUACGGUGGAGGCGGUGGCGGCCACGGAGGAGGAUGGCCCUGGUCGUAA